AAAACCCUCUGAGGGACCCAGACUGCUGUAAUCUGAAGUCCGCCUCAGUCAGGGGACAGACGCAGGAGACGAGUGGACAUGUCCCACCUUCUGACAAACACCAUCACUUUACAUCGCUCUGGAGCGUCCUAAAAGUUGUCCAGCAGAGGAGACAGACAGGCAGCGCGCGUCUUCUUCUUUUUGGACUCUUGCUGCUCGUUUUGACCGGACGUCCCGGUGAGUCCAGUCGUCAUGUCCUCCGGUGGUCUCUCGGACCAGAGUCGGCGGCUCAGCGUGCUGUCCUGGGACCAGGUCCGGCGGUUGGACUCCAUCCUGGGGGAGACCGUCCCGAUCCACGGCCGCGGAAAUUUCCCCACGCUGUCUGUCAAACCCCGACAGAUCGUCCAGGUGGUCAGGGCUCGCCUGGAAGAGCGUGGCGUGAUGGUCCAUGAUGUCAAACUCAACGGAUCCGCCGCCAGUCAUGUGCUUCACCAAGACAACGGACUGGGCUAUAAAGACCUGGACCUGAUCUUUGGUUUGAGUCUCACUGAUGACAGAACCUUCCGUCUGGUGAAGGACGUGGUGUUGGACUGUCUGGUGGACUUCUUGCCUGACGGUGUGUCCAGAGAGCGAAUCACGGCCCUCGCCUUGAAGGAGGCGUAUGUCCAGAAACUGGUGAAGGUUUGCACUGAGACGGACCGCUGGAGCCUCAUCUCACUGUCCAACAACACGGGCAAGAACGUGGAACUGAAGUUUGUGGAUUCCCUACGAAGGCAGUUUGAGUUCAGCGUGGACUCCUUCCAGAUCACUCUGGACUCGUUGCUGCUGUUUGACCGCUGCUCGGAGACGGCCAUGUCCGAGACCUUCCACCCCACUGUGCAGGGGGAGAGCAUGUACGGAGACUUUCAGGAAGCUCUGGACCACCUUCGCUCCAGGAUUAUUGCUACUCGUAGCCCAGAAGAGAUCCGCGGCGGUGGCCUACUGAAGUACUGCCACCUGCUGGUAAGAGGCUUUCGGCCAUCCUCUGAGGUGCAGAUGAAACAGAUGCAGCGCUACAUGUGCUCGCGUUUCUUCAUCGACUUUCCUGACAUAUGUGAGCAACAGAGGAAACUGGAGGGGUAUCUGCAGAACCACUUUGCGGGCAUGGAGCAGAAGCGAUACGAGUACCUGCUGACUCUGAGGGACGUGGUAGACGAGAGCACCGUGUGCCUGAUGGGCCACGAGCGCCGACAGACGCUGGCACUUAUUUCUGCCCUGGCGCUGCGUGUGAUGGCUGAGCAGAUCGCCAUCCCUGCUCUGUCCAACAUCACCUGCUACUACCAACCUGCCCCCUACGUCAGAGACGUCAACUUCAGUAAUUACUACGUGGCCCAGGUUCAGUCAGCCAUUGCCACGUGCAGUAACUCUUAUCAGACAUGGCUGCCCUGCAGCUGAGCGAGGACAUUUAGGGUGCGAACGUCUCUGGAGAGCUUUUGGUUUUCACUUCACUUUGAUAUAAACUGAGUGUUUUCAGUGCUCAGUACCUCUGUAGCAAUGUGGCUUUUUGAUUUGAUGCCCAUCGAUGACAAAAAAGAAUUAAUACGUCUUUUGUUUGCCAAAUGUAUCAAAACCAUUCCACUAAGUUACACUCAUCAGCCACUUUAUUUAGGUACAUCUUGCUAGUACCAGGUUGUACUGCCUUUUAAUUCUUUGUAUCAUACAUUCAGCAAGGUGUUGGAAACAUUGACUUGAUGACAUCACACAGUCCGUCCAUUCAACCAGUCUAUCCAUUCUCCUCUGACCUCUGACAUCAACAAGGCAUUUUCAUCCACAAAACUGCUGCCCACUGGAUAUCUUCUCUUUUUUGGUCCAUUCUCUGUAAACCCUAGAGAUGGUUGUGGUUGUAAAUCCCAGUAGAUCACAGUUUCUGAAACUCUGACCAACCAGCCUGUCUGCCACGUUCAAAGUCACUUAAAUCCUCUUCCUUCCCCAUUCUGAUGCUCAUUUUGAACUUCAGCAAGUCGUCUUCACCACAUCUGGAUGUCUAAAUGCACUGAGUUGCUGCCAUGUGAUUUUGGCUGAUUAGCUGUUUAAAGUUGAACAGGUGUACCUAAUAAAGUGGCCAGUGAGUGAACGUUAACAAAACCUGCUGUAAAUCUCAUUUGAGCCAUUAUACCUUUUUCUGUUCUUUCGUAAGCAGUAUGGAGGUUUAUUUUGGGUAAAAAUGGAGGGUUGACAUGUUACCAAGCUUCAUCUGUUGCGUUUUGUUUGAUGCAAAUCUGUACUGGGUCAAGAAGAAAAUGUAAAUAGCUUGAAAGAAACUAGAAAUCUGUUUUCUGUUCUGUCUGUGGUUUCAGUUGACCUGCCUGGGAGAGACAAAGGACCAAAGAAAUGCUUUUCUAGCCAGACUAAAUGUGGUUCUAAGUGCCUGAAACUAAUGCCUUUAUAGUAGUUACUGUGUAAAAGUUGUUUUUUUUCUAAAAAAAAGAAAAAAAAGUUACUGUACAUUUCUAUAUCUAGGUUCAGCGUAUUUGUUUUUCAAUUAUUAAAACAUGUCAAAAUGGAAAAA